CCCGCCGCCCGCGCCCGCCGAGAGCGCGCCCUGCAGCAGGCCCGGGGCGCCGGCGGGCGGCAGCGGCGGCAGCAACAGCAACAGCAGCAGCAGCAGCAGCAGCAGCAGCAGCAGCAGCAGCAGCAGCAGCAGCAGCAGCAGCAACAACAGCAACAAAGGCGGCCCCGACGGCGGCGCGGCUUCCGCGGCAUCCUCGGCGCCUGGCGCGGGCUCGGCCGACUCGGAGAUGGAGGAUGUAUUUGAUGAUGCAUCUCCUGGAAAGCAAAAAGAGAUCCAAGAACCAGAUCCAACCUAUGAAGAAAAAAUGCAAACUGACCGAGCAAAUAGAUUUGAGUAUUUAUUAAAGCAGACAGAACUGUUUGCACAUUUUAUUCAGCCCGCUGCUCAGAAGACUCCAACCUCACCUUUGAAGAUGAAACCUGGACGUCCACGAAUCAAAAAGGAUGAGAAGCAGAACUUGUUAUCAGUGGGCGACUACCGACACCGUAGAACAGAGCAAGAGGAAGAUGAAGAACUAUUGACAGAAAGCUCCAAAGCUACCAAUGUUUGCACUCGGUUUGAGGAUUCCCCAUCGUAUGUAAAAUGGGGCAAAUUGAGAGAUUACCAGGUCCGGGGAUUAAAUUGGCUCAUUUCUUUAUAUGAGAAUGGCAUCAAUGGUAUCCUUGCAGAUGAAAUGGGCCUGGGAAAGACUCUGCAAACCAUCUCUCUUCUUGGGUACAUGAAACACUAUAGAAACAUUCCUGGGCCUCACAUGGUUUUGGUGCCCAAGUCUACGUUGCACAACUGGAUGAGUGAGUUCAAGCGAUGGGUGCCGACGCUGAGAUCCGUGUGCUUGAUCGGGGACAAGGAGCAGCGAGCUGCUUUUGUCAGAGAUGUUUUAUUACCAGGAGAAUGGGAUGUGUGUGUGACAUCGUACGAGAUGCUUAUUAAGGAGAAGUCCGUAUUUAAAAAAUUCAAUUGGAGGUACUUGGUCAUAGAUGAGGCUCACAGGAUCAAAAAUGAGAAAUCUAAGUUGUCAGAAAUAGUGCGGGAAUUCAAGACUACCAACCGAUUGUUAUUAACUGGAACACCUCUACAGAACAACCUGCACGAGCUCUGGUCUCUUCUGAAUUUUUUGUUGCCGGAUGUCUUUAAUUCAGCUGAUGACUUUGAUUCCUGGUUUGAUACAAAUAAUUGUCUUGGUGAUCAAAAGCUAGUUGAGAGACUGCAUAUGGUUUUGCGUCCAUUCCUCCUUCGUCGGAUUAAGGCUGAUGUUGAAAAGAGUUUGCCUCCAAAGAAGGAAGUAAAAAUCUAUGUGGGUCUCAGUAAAAUGCAAAGAGAAUGGUAUACUCGGAUACUAAUGAAGGACAUAGACAUACUGAACUCUGCAGGAAAGAUGGACAAGAUGCGGCUGCUGAACAUUCUUAUGCAGCUGCGCAAGUGCUGUAACCACCCGUACCUCUUUGAUGGUGCCGAGCCUGGCCCCCCGUACACCACAGAUAUGCAUCUUGUCACCAACAGUGGGAAGAUGGUGGUGCUAGAUAAGCUGCUCCCCAAAUUGAAAGAACAAGGUUCCCGAGUCCUAAUCUUCAGUCAGAUGACGAGAGUGUUGGACAUUCUGGAAGAUUACUGCAUGUGGAGAAACUAUGAGUACUGCCGACUGGACGGGCAGACGCCCCAUGAUGAGAGACAAGACUCAAUCAAUGCCUACAAUGAACCCAACAGCUCCAAGUUUGUUUUCAUGUUAAGCACACGGGCUGGUGGUCUUGGCAUCAAUCUUGCUACCGCAGAUGUGGUUAUUUUAUAUGAUUCAGACUGGAAUCCCCAGGUUGAUCUGCAGGCUAUGGACCGGGCGCAUAGAAUUGGACAAACCAAGACAGUCCGAGUGUUCCGCUUUAUAACUGAUAACACCGUGGAAGAGAGAAUAGUGGAACGGGCUGAGAUGAAACUUCGCCUGGAUUCAAUAGUUAUUCAACAAGGGAGACUUGUUGAUCAGAAUCUGAACAAAAUUGGGAAAGAUGAAAUGCUUCAAAUGAUUCGACAUGGGGCAACUCAUGUGUUUGCCUCAAAGGAAAGUGAGAUUACAGAUGAAGAUAUCGAUGGUAUUUUGGAAAGAGGUGCAAAGAAGACGGCGGAGAUGAACGAGAAGCUCUCCAAGAUGGGCGAGAGCUCUCUGCGGAACUUCACGGUGGACACAGAGUCGAGUGUCUACAAUUUCGAGGGUGAAGACUACAGAGAGAAGCAGAAGAUCGCCUUCACAGAGUGGAUCGAGCCACCCAAACGGGAGAGAAAAGCGAACUAUGCCGUGGACGCUUAUUUCAGGGAAGCUCUUCGCGUCAGUGAACCCAAAGCACCCAAGGCUCCUCGACCUCCCAAACAACCCAAUGUUCAGGAUUUCCAGUUCUUUCCUCCACGUUUAUUUGAAUUACUAGAGAAAGAAAUUCUAUAUUACAGAAAAACUAUUGGAUAUAAGGUGCCUCGUAAUCCUGACCUCCCGAAUGCAGCUCAGGCACAAAAAGAAGAGCAGCUAAAAAUCGAUGAGGCUGAACCCCUGAAUGAUGAAGAGCUGGAGGAAAAAGAGAAAUUGCUGACACAGGGAUUUACCAACUGGAAUAAGAGAGAUUUUAACCAGUUUAUCAAAGCAAAUGAGAAGUGGGGUCGUGAUGAUAUUGAAAAUAUAGCAAGAGAAGUAGAAGGAAAAACCCCAGAAGAAGUCAUUGAGUAUUCAGCUGUAUUCUGGGAGCGAUGCAAUGAGCUUCAGGAUAUUGAAAAAAUCAUGGCACAGAUCGAGAGGGGCGAAGCAAGAAUUCAAAGAAGAAUCAGCAUCAAAAAAGCACUUGACACUAAGAUUGGACGAUACAAAGCUCCCUUCCACCAGCUGAGAAUCUCGUAUGGCACUAACAAGGGAAAGAACUACACUGAGGAAGAGGACCGCUUCCUGAUUUGUAUGCUGCACAAGCUCGGCUUCGAUAAGGAGAAUGUGUAUGAUGAGUUGCGCCAGUGCAUCCGGAACUCACCUCAGUUCCGCUUUGACUGGUUUCUCAAGUCCAGGACCGCCAUGGAGCUUCAGCGAAGGUGUAACACCUUAAUUACCUUGAUCGAAAGAGAAAACAUGGAAUUAGAAGAGAAAGAGAAGGCUGAGAAAAAGAAGAGAGGACCAAAGCCUUCUACACAGAAACGAAAAAUGGAUGGAACAGCAGAUGGUCGAGGAAGGAAAAAGAAGCUGAAACUAUGAGUGCAUUUCAGUGUCGUGAUCACUAACUUCCCACCAGUAGUUCUUUAAUUUACGGGUCUUCAUAAGAUGUACUGUACAAUGCUCUAUUGUCGUCACUCAGAGACAUAAGGUCCAUCUGUUGACUGAGCUAGAUACAUAGUCUGUAGUUUUCACUUUUAUAAACGCAACAGCUAUGCUGAACAUUUUUUUUUAUCAUUAACACUUGAAGUAAUAAAAUAGGCAUCAUUUAUUAAUGAAUGUUUCAUUUGAUUUAUUUUUCUAUUUUAGUUUCAUGUGUGAAGAUAGUGACUGUUUUGUCGACUAUGAUUUCCACACUCAUAAGACUUUUGAAAAAAAAAAAAGUAAACAAAAAAUUUGCAAAUUACAUUUAUCUUUUCCUAUUUAGUUGUGUAAUUGUUUCAAUUCACUUUGCCUUUGCAGAAAUUUGGGUAUCUUUGUAGUGCUGUUGAGUCUUAUCUGGGAAAAUUAUGUCAACUGCGUUCUCCUUACUACUUGCUGAGUGUGGGGAAGGCAAGACAGUUUCUCUUCAGUUCUAUCCAUGUUCUGUUACUCUGUUUUUUACCGUUUGAAGAGGACUGUGCCCUGUUCUGUUGGAAGAAUUGCCUUUUAGUUGUAUAGCCAAAGACAUUGCAUAUUUUCUGGUUUCUUACAGCAUUGUACCAUUUUGUAAAAGGAGUAUUAUUAUUUUUCAGUGUUUGGUAACUAUUUUGGCAAAUUAACUUCUGAAGCAGCUGCGCCGUAAGAUAAUGUUCAGAGCUAAGGUGGUUCCUGUUUUAUUUUUUAAAAAAAGACCCCGGCAAAAUAAAUACAGUGUGAAUUUUGACUGUUUGAAAUUCCUAAGUGUUUCUUCUUUCACUAGCUUUUUUGAGUUAGAGUAAUUAAAGAUUUUAUUUUAAGAUAAUUUCUAAGUUUGAGCAAGACUCUUAAUUCCAGAUAUUGUUUCUUAUGGAUGGACAAACUUGAUAAAACUAGAGACCCCGAAGCAGAAAUACCCAAAUGGUAGUGCCAGAAUUUUAGCUGUACCAGAGGCCUUUAUGUGCAACACAUAAUUUGUAUAAAGUUUUAUAUGUGCAAAUUGGGUACAUAAAUAGUUCUCCAUUUUUCUAAGGGAAUGCAAUAAAUGUAGCAUCGUGAAUAAAUAUAACUUUUAUAAUCCUUAA